CAUUCAGCAAAUUGCCGCGAAAUUCCUGUUUUGUUGAGUUUGUUUGUUCGCGUCAAUUCACAAGAAGAGAAGAGUCCAAAGGAACUAAAAAUAAUCGAACGAAACAGUUGGUAUUGCUACUGGUUUGCUGCAUGCCGGAUAAGCGAGGUGAGCGUAUCAACUGCGUACUAUGUCGAUCUGGUCGUCAAAGUACAGCAACAUUAGCAAGAGCAAGAAUGCGGAAGAUUGACUGGCCAGCCACGACUGAAGGUUCCAUCAAUGCUGACCAGGAUCCACAAAUCCAUACGAGGAUAGAUGAUGCAUUUUCCAGUGUUCUGCAAUAUAUGUCCGUCACCAGUCGACAAUGCCGGAGAUAUUUCAAAUGCUCACCCCUUCAUGACGAACACGACGAAGAACAUAUCAAGAGAUUUCAUCAUUCCAAAUAUACAUCUGUCACAUACGGAAAUCCGCUUCAAAAAUCCGAAGAUGUUCAUGUCGAACUUACGCCUGGCACCUACGCGGUCACUGCUGGUCAAUGGGGUGCUCCAAGGAGCCACACGCAGGUCGUAAGGCUGGAUCCAGGGCAGACCGUCGAUAUGACUUUCACGUGUCACUGA